GUGGAUGUAGAUCUUUAAAAAUUUGCAAUGUUUUGAUUUUCGAUUUGUGAUAUUUACAUUUAAGAUCAAACUUGUUUCAAAACAUUGCAACUGCCCCCAGCUGGAUUCCAGAACAUAUACAGUGUCAUUACCAUGACGACAUCUCGGAUACUUACCGAGAGACUGCAAGAAGAAUUGAAUAAGGCUAUAAUACAAUAUUUGACUAAUACCUUGGAUGACAAUCAAAAACCUAUACUAAAAGAUUUAUCAAAUAUACUCCAUGUUGAAGAAACUGAUCAAAUAGUAGCGAACUAUUUAGAAAAGAAAUGGUCUACCGUAAUACGAUUACAGAAGAAGAUAAUGGAUCUAGAAAAUGAAGUCACUAGUCUUCGAACUAUAGUAGAUGCCCAACAACAAAAUUCAUCAACUACAAAUGGUAUAAUACGAAGAGAUAGAAUCAAUUGGCUCCCUGUAAGUAGUGGUAAUAACUUCCAAACCGAACCAGGUCAACUCAUACUAUCCGUCAAGUUACACCCUAUAUUGCCCAUUAUAUUUUCCGGAAUUUCAGAUGGAUCAAUAAUAAUAUGGAAAAUAGUUAAUGAUAAUAUAUCUAUUCCAGAUAAGAUAAUACAAGCUCACGCAAGAGGAGUAAAUAAACUUGCGUGGUCUUCUGAACCAGUGGAUUUCUCAUCUUCAUCAUCAGCGGCUUCAGAUUCUAAAUAUUAUGCUCUUGCUUCAUGUUCAGCAGAUUUAUCAAUCAAAAUAUGGAAUGGAUCAAAUUAUAGACAUAUUAGGACCCUUACCGGUCAUGAACAUACCGUUUCUUCCAUUGUAUUUUCUCCUACUAAUCCAGUAAUACUUUAUUCAGUUUCCCGUGAUAAUACUUUAAAAGUAUGGAACUUGAUAGAUGGUAAUUGUUUAAAGAGUAUUGUGGGUCAUAGUGAUUGGGUAAGAGAUAUUGAUGUUGCAAGUAUUAACUCCACUAUUCUGUUGCUGAAUAUAAAAGAAUCGAAUGAUGUAGGGUUAGGUGAUUUCGUGAUAACUUGUUCCAAUGAUCAAUCUAUAAGACUAACACAUGCUACUACUGGUACAGGCUUAAGUAUGUUAAUUGGGCAUACACAUGUUAUUGAAACAGUUAAGUUUCUUCCUAUAACUUCAAAUUUCAUCCUUGAUAAAUAUUUAAAAAACCAUGCAUCUGAAUAUCCUAAUAUUCCUCAAGAUAUACUAUCCAAUCCAGUGUACACCGAAACAUUGGGGUUUAAAUAUUGUAUAUCGGGUGGAAGAGAUAAUUUGAUAAAAUUAUUUCUCAUACCGCCACCAACCAUAUCAGAUGAAGGGAAAACCGUAACUCCAACGAAAUAUAACGGAGGAAUGGGUUGGGAAAUUGCAACCAUACCUGGACAUGUGGCAUGGGUUAAGACACUUGCAGUUCAUCCCAAUGGGAAAUUUAUUUUUAGCGGUAGUGAAGAUAAGACUAUAAGAGUGUGGGAUUUAAAUAAUCUAAACAUAGAGGGGAAAAUUAAAUGUAUCAAGACUUUACAAGGACAUGAAGGGUUUAUUAAUACGAUUGAUUUUGCAAAGUAUACGUUAAACAAGUCAGAAUUUCCUAAUUUUAAAAACGAGGAAGAGUUUCAAAUUGAAUUAUUAAAACAAAUUGAAGUAAAUAUGAAAUGCUUAUUCAUCAGUGGAGGUACUGAUAGUACUGUUAACCUAUGGAAUUGAUCAAAUGAUUAACUACAAAUCCCAGAUAUUGAUUAACUAGAUUUUGUGUAAUUGUUUAUAAUG